CUUGUUUCUACGCCUCCACCUGGAGAGAUACAGAGAGAGUAGAGGAGAGAUAAACUAGAGAGAGAAAGAGAGAGAGAGAGAGAGAGAGAGAGAGAGAGAGAGAGAGAGAGAGAGAGAGAGAGGCUGAGAAAAUGCAGACAGUACUACAUACCAGCAGAUUCAAUCUCAGCCUCUCUCCCAGAAUCAAUCACCAGCCAUUUUCUUCAACUGCGAAGAUUCCUUGCUGUGAAAUUCCCAUCUUACCCCUCUCUUCUUCUCACUCUCCCAUAUCAGGAGUUUGUAGAGCCGGUGGUCAAGUGGCCGAAUUGUUUCCGGUAACUUGUCCCGGCAUUGUCGUUCGAGAAGCCGGGAUACAAGACUGCUGGGAAGUAGCCGAAACGCACUGUAGUUCCUUCUUUCCGGGAUAUUCUUUUCCUCUCGAUUUAUUGUUGAGAUUCGAUAGGGUUAUUGGAAUGCUCUUCGGAUUUUCCGCACCAAAGGGAUGCAAAAGAACUUGCCUUGUUGCUGUAAUUGGGAGGAGUGGAGGCUCGUUUUUUUCGGGGAGCGAUGAUGUCGGGAUCGGGAAUUUAUUUGUGAAUAAAGGAUAUGUAGCUGGUGUUUUGACUUUGGACACGGUAGCCAAGUUUCUUCCACGAAAAGGACCUCUUCGAAAGCGAAGGAAAGGAAUAGCGUACAUAUCAAAUGUUGCGGUGCGAGAGGAGUUGCGAGGAAAGGGAAUCGCAAAGAGGGUAGUGGCAAAAGCCGAGGCGAAGGCUAAAAGCUGGGGAUGUAGAGCCAUUGCUUUGCAUUGUGACCUUAACAACACCGGAGCUGUACAGCUGUACGUUAGUCGGGGAUUCAAGAGCGUGAAGGUUCCGGAAGGUGCUAAUUGGCCGAAACCGAAAGCUUCGGCCGACGUGCGGUUCAAUUUCAUGAUGAAGCUCCUUUAACUCUCUACUCUCAUAUUAAAUCAAAUUAUUUUAGGUAAAUGUAUAUAUAGGGUAAAUUACGGCCAACCCCCUAUGGUGAGGUCAAAUUACAAAAAACACCGACAUCUUAUAAACUCGGACGUCUGAUUAGCUGGAUGAAAUCUUACUUCUUAUUUUUACAACUACCUUCUUGAGGGAAAGUCAAUUUACAAAAGAAGUCCUCAUUUAUUAUAAAUUACAUACAUACCCCUGAAGUUUAUAAAUUUCUUACAUCCUCCCUACAAAGGGUGUUAAUGUAAGAAAUUUUAUAAAUUUCAAGGGGUAGACAUAAUUAUGAAAAAAAGAGGGUUUUUUUUUUCGUAAAUAUACUUCACCUCAGGGGGACAGUUGUAACUUACCCCAA